GCCUGUCAUAGGUGUUGGUAACAUCAGAUUUAUCAGUAAUUUCUCUGUGCAGACAGAUCUUUCUGAAGCUUCUGCAUAUUUCUGAAGAUUUAUUAAUUUCAGCCUAGUUGUGUUUUUUCUGUCUUUUAGUGAUAUGUGCUACUUUUAUUUUUCCAAUUAUAUGAGAAAGAAACCAUUUCUUCCAGACAAUGAAAUAAGGAGAAAGAAAAGUUAUUUCAGUCCAUCUCACCUUUACUAACCAAAAUGAAUAUAAAUGAACCUAAAUUGUUUUAGUCCAUGUCAAUCUGAAAUAUAAUAUUUAAUUUUGAAGUCCUUGUAAAAAAAAAAUAAAGAGAAACUAUGAGGGCAGAAUUCUUUCAUUUCAGAGACCAGUAGUUUAGGUGCCUCCCAGGAGGGUGGAAAAGCUGAUUUCACUUUGUGCUUCUGACUGGAGAACCAGAUCCAGUGGCUCCAUGGGAACUCUUUAAGCACUGAGCUCUGGUAGCUCUGCAGUGAAUGCUCUUGCUGCUGCUGUCACUGCUGUUGUCCUCCAGUGGACAUGACCUCUCUGCUGUUUGCACUUCUCAAACUGAAGCUGUCACCCUUCUGUCAAGUUCUCCACCUGGUGAUCUCAAUUUCCUAGGGUUUUUUCAGGGAGCUGUUUUUCCUUUGAUUCAUUUUUAAGUUGUGGUCUCUUGGCUUCUGAUUUCUGUUUAUUCAGUCAUUGUCAUUGUCUCCCAUCCCCCUCCCCACCCCCAUCCCCUGCCAAUAAAACCCCCCAAGCAUCUGAGUUCUCAAACAGACCAUAGUAUGGAAGGUUUUGACAUUGAUAAGAAAAUGUUUCUAAGCCAGUGGGCCAGGGAUUCCUCAGGAGCCAGAGAGAUUUUCUGAGAUAAUUUUAUAUAUUUAAUAUAUUUUUCAAGAUAAUUUCUAAAUAACAUCAAUUCAACCUUUUCAAAGGAAUUUACUUGAACCUAGAGAAAAAUACUUAGGACAAUUUAGGCUGACAUGAAUGGAAAAUCUAAUAAUAGGGACAUAAAACAGGACAUGGCCACAAAUUUGGACAAAUAAAAAUAGGACAAUCUUUUCUUAGCAUUUUCAGCAGUACAGAGACCAUUAGCAGAAUAAGAGCACUGUAAUGCCCUAAUAACAGAUACAGUGGUGCAAAGAGCUUUCCGGUGAGAAGCUUCAUGUUUAAUGUUGCAAUAGCAUAUUCCUCUUCUUUUUUCUUUCCAGUUCUCUCUGCUAAGCUUUCAUGUGCAUUAAUCCAUUUUUUUUUCUCUUAAAUUUAGGGAGAAUAACUAUUUCUGAUUAAUAGGCCAGAAAAAGCAAUGAAAAAUAAAAAAAAUCAAGUCCUUUUUUAUUGUUAUGAGAAGGUUCCCUUGAAAGAGUCUCCUCCAGUUGUACUGCAUGAACUCACUGAGUAAACUUAACAUGAGAAUGCGACAGGGCAUGUGACAGAUUUCAGGAUGAGAACAUCCUCCCAGUCCUACUGCCAGCAGGGAAGUGUCAGGACUUUAGGAAAUAACAUGAAACAUUGUAUCUUGAACACAUGUAGCUUGACUAGCACUUUUAAAAUCACACUGGUAUUUUAAAAUAAAUACACCAUCUUUGUUGUGCUUCAGGAAUGUUAUUCUCCAGUCAGGUACUCCUGCUAAAACCACAGUGCUGCUUCCCUCUCCCCACCCCUCCAAUUGGAGGCACAAAGGCAAGGGGUUGAAAUAAGAACAAUUUACUGGAAACAGCAAUGAGAUAAGAAAACCAAGAGUAAGAGCAACAAUAUUAACAACAGAGGUGUACAAAAGAGGCAGUGAUUCACCUGCAAAAAUGCUCACCAUGGACCCCUUGACAAAUAAACAAUGCUGGAGGGAUUCUCCCUGCCAUGAUUACUUCAUUGGAAGGAAAGAGAGUUCCCAUCUCCUGCCCCUAGCAAUGACCCGAGCUGGUAUUGAAUAGUAUCAGGGUCCUGGCCAUGUACCCUCCCAGCUACUGCAAAAAAUUAACCUGUCCUGGCUGAAACCAGGACAGUCUUUAGUGAUGAUUACUACUAUCAGCAACUCUGUGCCUGACAGGGAGAUAAUAUUCGAGUUGAAGCUGCAUUUCUUGUUUGUGGUGGAAAAUCAAGACUUCAAACUUGCACACAAAAAGUGAAGGGCACUGUGGGGUAUUGUGACUGUAAGAAAAAGAAGAAACUGCUCAUAAAUUACACAUGGACUUGACAUCCUUUUGAAUUGUGGAAAAGCUCUUUAAAAAUAUUUAUUAAACACAAGUUUAAAAGUAGGUGCUUCCUCCAGGAUGCACAAUAUGGAGGAGCAGUCAGGCAGUGGGGUGUGGAGGCAAAGAGGCUGAGGGGUAGCCUUUCUCUCCCAUCAUGUCUGAAUUCUGUAGCAUAUCCCUCUGCUGUCCUCAACUCUCUCUUGAACAGAUUUAUGAAAAAAACCCCUUCUCUUACACGAUUGUAAACUUACAAUUCAUUCUGGUUUUGAUAUUCAGUGCUACAUUCUCCCAGUAUGUAAAACCACAAAAAACCCAGUCUUUGCCUUUGAGAAAUUGUACUUUAGGCAUAAGACAGUCUUGAAGAAAUGAGUGCAGAAACAAAAGAGGGGAGAGAGAAAUUUAGGAAGAUCAUUUUGAUUUUCAGACCAUUAGAUUUUGUUUAAAGUUUUGGCCAUGGGUAGGAUUCAUCUCAGUGGAGUUUAGUUGCUUAAAAUACAGCAAUAAAAUACAUCUGUCCUUAACUAAGGAGCUGAGCUUCCCAUAACCAAAAUAAAACAGCAGAUACGUCCAAAAGGGGAUUUAUCUCUUUAAGGUGUCUAAAGGAGGUGGUGGCAUUAACUCUGUAGGGUUCCCUGUCUUUCUCCAUUGACAUGAAGGAAGCCCAAGUGAUUUGUUUAGAUUAAAUACUUACCUUUUUUUUUUCUUACUUUCACACAGUAAGAAUAAUCCUAGACUCAAAUAAUUUUAUUUCUUAUUGAAAAUUUAAAGUGGUGGCUCUACUCCUGCCUCUUCCCUCACUGCUGAUUGAUGUCUGUGAAGGGAAUAUAUGCUGCAAUGCUAGAAAUUCCCAUCCUUUGUGUGUACUGAGGAUAUGCCUUGGGCCUAAGCAAUGACAGCCCUUGGACCUGUGAUGACUUGAAAAAUCACACACCAGUGCUAUCUACCCUGCAGCCAGCAUGGGACGAGUGAUGCAUUAUAAAUCCAGAUCCUUUACCAGUGCAGAGAUUAAAGAAGCAAGAAAGAAGUUUCUUAAUCCCUGCCUCAAGCAGUUUAAAACAUCCUUCUUGCUUGGGGUCCUACAUAAAUCUGAACACAAGACUGGUUAUACUCUGCAAAUAAAUCUUCCUUGAUAUUUACUUCUCACAUAACUUUUCUGUAACAAAUUCUGAAUUCCCCACAAAAUAUGCUAAUAAAAUGUCAACUAUUUUAUAAAUUAGUAGCAUCAUAGUAAUAAUACUUUCUUCACUUAUAUGUGUCUCUUUCAGGCAACAUUUGACAUACAGUUUGCACAUAAAAGGUAAAACUAAUAUCUUAAUAUAUCAUUUAGUCUUUUUCCUAAUACCAAAACCCCUAAGUAUAAACAAUCUACAAUAAUUAAUCAUGCAUAAGUGCAAACCAAAUGCAGAUUAAAUUGGCCUGAAAAAAAGUCACAAGUAAUUUCCACAUGCAUUUCAGGAAAAUAAUUUCAAAAAAUUUAAGUAUAAGAAUUAUAUCUGCUAGAGUUAACAAUCAUAAGAAUUGCAGAGGACGCUGGUACUGAGCACUGCAGUAGGAUGAGAGAACACGUCUUUUUUUUCCAAAGGAAUAGGAACAACCAAAAGAAAAGGCAGUGAUUAAUUUGUAAAACAUAUUUUGCUCACAUAGAAAGCCUUCUGUUUAAGGAUGUGUGAUGAUACUUGACAGACUAUCAUGAAUUAAGCCUUACAAAUAGUCAGAGGGUAAAAUAUGUCAUCUCUAAAAUUGUGUAUCAAGGUAACCUGACAUUGUGUAAACUGUAAUCACAGUCACACAUUUCAACAAAGACACCAGAAAACAGUGGCCAGCUCUGUGCUUGAGCUGUUGAACACCAUUUCAUGGCUGCUCCAUCACUGUUUUGCCCAUGACCAUGCUGUACCCCACACAUCAAUCCCUGGUCUGUGCUUGCUGCUGGGGACAGCCAAACUUGUGCUGAAAUGCCAAGACAAUACUCAAGUUGCCCUGUUGUCUUCAGUUUUAGAUUGAGAAAAAGCUAGCGCUCACACUGAUGAUCCAGAGUUUGAACUGUUUCAGAUUUGGCUCAAUAUAUUUACAGAAGUGCAAUCACAGCUGUCUGGCAGGCAUGUUUACAGUCACCUCAGAACCCCAAACAGCCCUCCAGACCAUUCACACUCCUGCUGUGAGGAGUUAUCCUUUUUAGCCCAUGCUCAGAUAAUCCAGAGCCACAAGACUUCUGAUGUUAACUAGCUAUAAAGACUUUGAUGUUUGGUUUCAAGACCAACUGAACAGAUGUUUAAUUAAACAACAGACAAAGUGUUCUUUGCCAGCGUUUUAAGAAUCUCAGCCUUCUGUUUUCAGUUGCAUGAACUUUUUCUGCCAUGAACUUAACCUGUCACAAUUGUCUUUCAAUGAAUAUAUUUGCUGAUGCCAGAAGCAGAAAGAGUUCACAAAUCAAGCUUUUGACAGGUAGCAGGCUGGGUCUCAUUCUCAUCUACACCUUGGUGCCUCGGGGGACGUGCUGUCUUCUCCAGCUGAAGUGCACAGGUAUGCCUUUUCUUGCUUCCCUCACUCAGCUCUGUUCAUUCCCAGCUGCGACACUUGGCUGCCUGGAACCCAGGUAAGACUUCUUCAGUAUUUAAUUUUCCUGUUAAGAAUGGAACCAAAGUAUGUUGGGGUUUUUCUGGUCCUUGUUUCUCUGUUUAAGAAAGUCAGGUUUAGAGAAUAUCACUGGUAUUACAUGUCACAGUGUUAGGGUAGGAAUUGUAUGUGUACCUGCCAAGAUCACUCACCAUGGGCACCUGUAUUUCACUACAGUGCUGCCACAGUGAUUGCAUCUUAAAUCAUCUCUGAGUCUGUCCAUUUUUCUGACAGAGUAUAAAAUUUAAAGUCCAACACAGGAGGAAAAUAUUUGCUCAACUUUGCCUCGGACAGUGGAUCUGUGGCCAGAUCUCUCUGUAGCCAGGGAGCGAGGCACAGCUGCAUGGAUUCUCACCAGCAUCACCUCCCUGUCACAUGCCAGGCUCUCUGUGGUUGUGGCAGGUGAGAGUAGCUGUAGCAGCAUGAAAGCCUGGUGACUCUUGCUAGCUUUCCCUGCUGAAGUAUUCAUCUAAGUACAGCUGUUGCGCCAUGUGCUGUAUAGAGCUGUGUGCACCAAGCCCACAUGGAGCCUGUAACAUCUGAAGUGCUUUUGUUUAUGUUCCCACUACUCUGGGGGUGUAUUUCAUUUAAGCUCACUCAGUACAGUGAUGGCUGUGUGAAGGUGAGGAACAAGAACACAGCUGGGAAGUGGUGCUUGGGGCAUGCUCAUACAGGGAUGCCCCAGCAGCUGGAACUGUUUCAGGGCACACCAGCCCCGGUGGAGAAGGAGAUGAAAGAUGCAAAGACAGGGGCAGGUUUGGUUUGGGAGUUCUACUUGGUGGCAGGAUGCUGGAUUGUCUUUUAUACCCAUGGCUGCAUUUUGUUUUUCCAACACAAGUUUUGUGUUGGCAAGUUUCACUUUCCUUCAGGUAAAUAGGAAGAGGAAGGAUGCCACAAUGCCAUAAUCAACCUCUCUUGGACUCAUACUGAGGCUCUCCUGUAUAAGUUUUUUGCACUGAUGCUGAUAUUACCUGGUUUUCUUCACUACACCUUAAGAUGCACUUAAUGUCAUGUCUUUGACAAAAUUUAUAGCACCUGACAUCAGGCAUUUCUCAGAGGCAUCUUCAUUAGGAUUCUGACUAUGUUUUAAGUUAAUGAAAUCAAACAAGAACCUCCAGAAAAAGAGCUAGAUCUCUGCAAACAGCCCUGCUGAAUAUACUUAGAAUUGAGCUGCUUUUAUUUGAAUACUACAAUAUUUAUCUGAUAGCAUUCUGGUUAUAUUUUACACUAAGUGUGAGUAUGUUUUCACAGUCUACUCUGAAAGCCCUUGUGAAGUGCUCCUCUGCUUUCAUGCCAGUUUCAGUGCCAAAUCAUCAUGGGAUUUUUUUUUCUACAACUAAACCAAAGCCAGGGUUUCCUUUUAGUCUUUAUAUUUUUAUUACAUCUCUGUCCCUUUACUAAAGGCUGGUUCUGGGUACACCUGUGUGCCCUAAUGAGAGGGAGCACCAAGUGAUGGACUAGUUUUUCUCUUGCAGCAGUACCAGUCACAGUUUGAUGGGGAGGCAUGAAGCUGGGGCUGGCCAUCCUGUUACACCUCAUGCUGAUAACACCCCAGCAUGCACAGCAUGACUGUGAUGCUGGGUCCUGCCACCCAGCCCUUGGGGACCUUCUCCAGGGCCGCAGCAAGCAACUGACAGCCUCAUCAACCUGUGGGAUGAACAGCCCUCAGAAGUACUGCAUUAUAGGCUACCUAGAGGCUGAAGAGAAGUGCUUUCUCUGUGAUUCCAGAUACCCAUAUAAUCCCUAUACCCAGCAUAACAGCCACAUGGUCGAAAAUGUUAUCACAACGUUUGAGCCUGAAAGGAAAAAGAAAUGGUGGCAGUCAGAAAAUGGCAUUGACCACGUCAGCAUUAGAUUGGACCUAGAAACUUUAUUCCAGUUCAGCCAUCUUAUCCUGACCUUUAAGACAUUUCGGCCUGCAGCAAUGCUGGUUGAGCGCUCUGCUGAUUUUGGUCAGACCUGGAAAGUGUUCAGAUAUUUUGCACAUGAUUGUGCUGCUUCUUUUCCCAACAUCUCUUCUGGUCCAGCAAAAAGUGUUGGAGAUGUUGUUUGUGAUUCAAGAUAUUCAGACAUCGAGCCCUCCACUGAAGGCGAGGUUGUUUUAAAAGCUUUGGAUCCCAACUUUGAAAUAGAAAAUCCACAUGUGCCUUAUAUCCAAGAUCUCAUUACAUUGACAAACCUAAGGAUCAAUUUUACUAAACUGCACACCCUUGGAGAUGCUCUGCUUGGGAGGAGGCACAGUGAUCCCCUUGAGAAGUACUACUAUGCCAUCUAUGAGAUGGUUGUGCGGGGCAGCUGCUUUUGCAAUGGCCAUGCCAGCGAGUGCGAUUCCAUGCAGAACUUACGGGGAGAUGUUUUCCAUCAGUCUGGGAUGGUCCAUGGGAGAUGUAUCUGCCACCAUAACACUGAAGGUUUAUCUUGUGAAAGAUGUAAAGAUUUCUACAAUGAUGCUCCAUGGAGGCCAGCUGAAGGGACACAAGAUAAUGCUUGCAAACGUUGUAACUGCAACAGCCACUCCAGCAGAUGCCACUUUGACAUGGCUGUGUACCAGGCCAGUGGUGGGGUCAGUGGUGGCGUUUGUGAGGACUGUCAGGACAACACCACCGGCCAACACUGCGACAAGUGCAAACGUUCCUUUUACCAGGAUCCGCUCAAAGUCAUCUCAGAUCCUCAGGCAUGCCUCCCAUGCAACUGUGACCCAGAGGGUACCUUGCACGAAGGCGUGUGUGAGAGCCACACGGAUCCCAUGCUGGGGACGGUCGCGGGCCGGUGUCCUUGCAAGGAGAACGUGGAGGGCGCUCGCUGCGACAAGUGCAGGGCAAACUACUACGGGCUGAGCAGCAGCGAUCCCCUGGGCUGCCAGCCCUGCAACUGCAAUCCCUUGGGCAGUUUGCCCUUCUCCGUCUGUGAUCCUGCCACGGGAGAGUGCCUCUGCCAGAGGUUCACCACAGGGCAACGCUGUGAAAAAUGCCUCGCAGGAUACUGGGGUCUUGGCAACAGCCUGUAUGGCUGUUCUCCAUGUGACUGUGAUAUUGGUGGAUCCCAGAAUAACUUGUGCUCCCUGAUGGAUGGUCAGUGCAAGUGUCUGCCCAACAUCGUGAGCCGCCAGUGCAACGAGCCAGCUCCAGGAUACUUCUUUCUACCCCUGGAUUAUUAUAUUUAUGAAGCUGAGCAUGCAAAGCCCCUCUCUGGCUCUGCACCCUUGGUUCAGCCAAGCACUCUUCCAAGGUGUGACAUCUACUUCCAGAGGAAAGGCUAUGAGUUCAUGAUUGAAAAUGGAAAGAUUGUGUUAAACAGGAAUAAGAAAAGAACUGUAAGAAAAUCUGGACUGGAACAGGGUGCGAUGCAGUUUGGAGAGGACUCGGAUUUGGUGGUGGUGUUCCGGCAGCCCAGCUCUGGCCGGGCUGUCACAUGGACAGGACACGGCUUUGCCCGCGUUCCCAGUGGAGCUGGGCUGAGAUUUGCCAUCAACAACGUUCCCUUUGCUAUGGACUUCGAUAUCACAGUUCGUUAUGAGCCUGAGUUGUUGGAAGACUGGCUUGCAAGUGUUGCCAUCCAGCCUGCUGGUAUCUUGUCAGGUCAACACUGCAAAAACAAGGUCUUUUCACAGGAGCCACAUGAGUUACCUCUCCCAGCUACGAAGAGGAUGGCAAUUCUGCAAACUCCAGUCUGCCUGGAGCCGGAAAGAGAAUAUUUUGUGGAUGUGUAUUUUUCUCAUCUCUCUGCUUCUGACAAAAAGGCAGAAUCAUUCAUCUUGAUUGACUCACUUGGACUUAUUCCCAGAAUCAGCUCUGUGGACAAUUUAUGCAGCGAGAAGGAUUUAGAUGAGUACCAGAAGUAUCACUGUAUUGAAAUUGCAUCUGAAGUUGGGCCUCACGUGCUGCCCGAAGCAUGCACACGGCUCAUAGUGAGCUUGUCAGCCCGAAUUCACAACGGCGCUGUCGCAUGUAAGUGCAAUCCACAAGGGUCGCUGAAUGCCAACUGUAGUAAACUGGGGGGCCAGUGUCAGUGCAAAGCCAACGUUGUGGGACGCUGCUGUGACACCUGCUCUGCAGGCAGCUAUGGCUUCGGCUUCCAUGGCUGCUACGCAUGCGAGUGCCACCCGCAAGGCUCGCUGAGCACACUGUGUGACCAGGUGACGGGGCAGUGCUCCUGCCGCCGGGAGGUGGACGGCCAGCGCUGCAGCCGCUGCCUGCCUGGGUACUUUGGAUUUCCCCACUGCCGUCCUUGCCCUUGUAAUGGCCACGCGGAGCUGUGCGACCCUCUGACCGGAGAGUGCCUCAACUGCCGCGGGUUUACCGCUGGAAGCCACUGUGAAAGGUGCAUGGAUGGCUAUUAUGGAAAUCCUCUGGAUGGAAAACCUUGCCAUCCAUGCAUGUGCCCAGGGGCACCUACAAGCAAUAGGUAUUUUGCACGUUCCUGUUACCAGGACUCCCAGUCUGCACAGCUUGUCUGUAAUUGUCUCGAGGGAUAUUCAGGCAAUCAGUGUGACGAGUGUCCUAGUGGGUUCUAUAAAAAUUCCAGCAGCCCUGGGCUUGACUGUGCACCAUGUCCCUGCAAUAACAACAUUGAUUUGACAGACCCAGAGUCCUGUAACAGGGUCACCGGGGAAUGCACCAAGUGUUUACACAACACCCAUGGAGCAAACUGCCAGUUCUGCAAGCCAGGUUAUUUUGGCUCAGCCCUCAAUCAAAGCUGUCAAAGCUGCACAUGCAAUAUGGCAGGUGUUCGCCCUGCCAUGUGCCCGGGAGGGGAUGCAGCCUGCCUGUGUGACCCAGCCACAGGAGCUUGUCCUUGCCUGCCCAAUGUGCUGGGUGCCACAUGUGACCAGUGUGUCUCUGGCUACUGGGACCUGGCUAGCGGAAAAGGAUGUCAGACCUGUGACUGUGAUCCAAAAAACUCCCAAAGCAACAAGUGCAACCAGCUUACAGGCCAGUGUCCAUGUAAGCCAGGUUACAGUGGAAGAUGCUGUAAUGAAUGUGAGGAAAACUACUUUGGCAAUCCCCAGAUGUACUGUGUUUCAUGUGAGUGUAACCUGGAGGGGACCCGCCAGCCCACAUGUGACAAAGCCACUGGCAUGUGUAACUGCCGUGCUGGUGUCACCGGCCGGCUCUGCGACCAGUGCGGCCGCGGCUUUGAGAAGGACUUUCCCUCCUGCCGUCAGUGUCAUCUCUGUUUUGAUCAGUGGGACACUGAAAUUGCUGCUCUUGCUCAGACUGUGCAGGGGUUAAUGAGGUUUGCAGCAAAGCUGGAAGAUAAAGGAGGACGAAUGCCCAGCUGUGAUAUGCGCUUCAAAGCCUUUGAAGAUGCCAUUUCUGAAACUGAACGCAUUUUGAGACAUCCUGUCCUUUCACUGGAGGCCCUUUCAGGCAUCAGGGAUUUUCAGAGCUACCUUCAACAAAAAGUUGCACAGAUGGAUCCCCUUCACAGUUUUCCCUUUGAGUUUCCUGACCUUAACAAGGGCAUAGAAGAUAUUGGAGAAGAAGCUGAUCUAGUUUUUGGACUUCUACAACAGAAAAUACAUCUGCAUCAAAGUUUUCAGUACUUGAACUUAAAAGAGGCCAUCAGCAACAUUAGGAAACACUCUGAAGUAUCAUUGCUGGCAGAACAGAAGACCAGGGGGACAACCCCUGUUGUAAGACACUCAGAGAAGACCAGGAACAAUGCACUCGCUAUGUUGGACCAUCAGGUCUUAAAUGCAAGCAGUGUGCUGCAACAGCUCAAAAUUAUCAAAAGCCCUGCCAUCCAAAACUUGAAUGAAAAGAUCUGUGGUGUUCCAGGAGACCAGCCAUGUGCCACAGCAGCCUGUGGGGGAGCUUUGUGCCAGGACAGUCAUGGACUAAGGCAGUGUGGAGGCCCAGACUGCACUGGAGCUCUUCCUCUCUCCUCUGAGGCCUUCAGGAAAGCUGAGGAGACUGCUGUGUUGCUAAAUAACUUGACUACUCAGCUACAGGAACCUGAGAAUCAGGUUGAAAGCAUUAGAAAAAUGGCAGAAGACAGCAAACUGAAAGGCUCACGAUUUAAUGGGCAGCUGGAGAUGGCUAUGAGUCAAAUUGAAGCUGAUGGAGAGAUCACUAAGGGGUUCAUCCGAAAAGUGAAAGACUUCUUGUUAGAUGAGAGUGCACCUCCAGAAGACAUUGAGAAGGUGGCAAAUUAUGUUCUACAAAUAAACCUUCCCCUGACUCCUCAAGAGCUCACACGCAUGCUUGACAAACUCCAAAGCAUUAUGAACCACUGUGAGAAGUACAAACUGAAUAAUAAGAGAAACAUAAAAAGGGAGGAUGCUCAGACACUGCUGGUGGAGGCACAAGAAGCUGACAAAGCAGCUAAAGCUCUUCUGCCAGUGGAAGAAAUUAAUAAUAAAUUAAAAAAUGUUGUGAAGUCUCAAGGGCACUCCAAAAACACCAUCAUGAAAUUAAAUGAAGAGAUACGAGUCAUCAGAACACAAAUCUCUCAGGCUGAGAACCAAGUGAACCAGACAAAUGAUAAACUAAAGGACUUGUCAGCCAAACAGACUGAGAUGGAAGAUGAAAGUGCCACAUGGCAGGCAAAAAUUCUGAUGAACAAGAAUCAAGCUAAAAAGGCAAGAGCAGAGGCAGAAGCAGCUCACAAGCGAGCCCAGAAUAUUGAUAAUGAAUUUACUGAUGUUAAAAGAAAGUACACCAUUCUUCAAGAAAAGCUAAAAACCCAAGGACCUCCAAAAGUAACACUAGAAAAGGUGAAACAGUUGAAAGAAGAAGCAGAAAAAUUGGCUGAAGAGACUGAAAAAAAGAUAAAAAGAAUAACAGAUUUGGAGAAGAAGCUUCGGGAACUGAAUCAAACCAAACAAGAUAAGGCGGAGCAACUGAGAAAACUAGAGGAACAAGUGAUAGCCAUUAAAAAUGAAAUUGUGGAGCAGGAAAGCAAGUAUGCAACAUGCAAGAGUUAGGGUCUGAACAGACCAUCAGGUAAAAAUGAAGCUGAAAUCACCAUGAUUACCACAUCCUGAGCAUCCAUUACCACUGUCCUCUGGAAAUACAUCUGGAGUGGCCUUGUGAAUAAUGUAAUUUUUAUCUUUUUUUCUUUUUCUUCUUUUGUCCUUUUGAGUUUAUAUGGAAAUAGGAAAUACCUUGUAAUAAACCAUCUGAUUUAGUAAUCAGAUGUAGUCUUUGAGGGAGCUCUACAAUAUA